GGAUUCCCAAUCGUGACUCCAGCGCUCCUCGAUCCCUCGAUUUCAACGGCAGGUCAAAACCCAACCACCUCCUGUGAAGAUGAGAACAAGUCAAGGCCGUUUUGCUGUAUUGCGUCAAGAUAUUGUCGCCGGUCUCGCCUCCGGACUCUUCUGACAGAGGCGUGCAUCGCUUGGGCGAUCUGUCACACCCCUCUGAUUCUUGUUCUGUUCCGGGGCGACAGGCCAAAGGCACAAAAAAUGGCGACAACACCAGCAAGCCCAGCGUCCAGCCUUGCCUCGGCCUCGCAGCAACUGGUGGGCACAUGGGCAACAUCUGACGACUGGAUCAAGUUCCGGCCCAUAAUCACCCAGCACUACCGGGACGAGAACAUGAAGCUCAAGGAGCUCAUAUCGUUCAUGGACAAGACGUACGGGUUCCGGGCGACGGCAAAGAUGUACAAGGACCGCCUGACCAAGUGGCGCAUCUCCAAGAACGUCAGGGCCAGCGACAUCACGACCAUCGUGAAGAAGGACGACGCCGCGGGCGGCGAUGCGUCCGGCCCCGAGUUCUACAAGGUGGGCGACCGCCUCAUCCGGGCCGACCGGCUGCAGCAGGCCAUGCAGAGGAGGGCCACCGUGGCGCGGCGAGCGCUGAAGAACGACACCAAGACCCGGGACAGCACGAGCACGAGCGCGAGCACGAGCAUAAGCCCGAGCCCUGGCUGGGACGCACUUGUGUCGGGCCCACUGUCGCCGUGGGACGUGUCCCGGUGCACGACGCCGCUGUCGCCGCAGGUCAGCCUGCCAGACAACCUCCGGAUCCCCGAGAGCAUCCUGCUGCACAGCAGGGGCUACGUGCUCGGCACGUUCGAGAGCAUCAAGGUGGACGGGGCGCUGGUGGACCUCAGGCACGAGGGGCCGGUGCACCGGUGCCGGAUGGCGUUCGAGGAGACGCUGGCCAACCUCAGCCUCGUGUCGGGCCUGGACAGGGUGGCGUUCAAGUCGCUGGACGGGGCGUUCGACCUGAUCAGGCCGUGCCUGCUGGACCGGGACCCGCAGUUCAUCGUGGUGUUCAUGCAGAUCAUGUCGCUGUGCCUCUGGUUCAACAAGCCGGACAUCAUGCAGAUGCUGGUGUCGUACCUGCACGACCUCAGCCGGGUGGUGCUGGGGCCCAAGCACCCGAUCACGCUCAUCUGCCGGGACCUGAAGCUGGCGGACGUGGAGGCGAGCCGCAGCAUCUGCAAGCUGGCGGCGGAGGCGGCGUGGCACCAGUUCCGGGGGUACCUGUACCCGUUCAAGGUGGACUCGUUCGUGCGGCUGACGGGGACGUACGCCGACAUCCUCGACUCGCUGCGGCUCAACGACGAGCGCGAGGCCUUCCUGCGGUACGUGGUCUCGUCGUGCGACCCCGGGACGGUGCCCGUGGAGCAGCGGCUGCACCUGGAGCUGCACCUGGUCAUGUGCCUGCGGCGGCAGAACAAGUUCCCCGAGGCGCUGUCGCGGCUGGACCAGAUCCGGCAGGACAUCAUGGACAACGAGCCGAUGCUGAUGCGCGAGAGCGAGGAGCGCUGCGUCGAGCUGACGUACCAGGCGCUGCGCAUCAACGGCAUGUGCGAGUGCGACGGGGGCGACGCCGACAAGGGCAAGGGCUUCUUCAACGAGGCCUUCCAGCUGAUGCAGGAGAAGAAGGGGCCCUACAGCCCGAGGACGACGAGGGCGCUGCGGGACCUGAUCCGGUAUAGUGGCCAUGACGAGGAGCUCAUCCGGGACCUGGAGGACCGCCUGCAGCGCUUCAGCCUCGAGACGGACAACUUUUUGUGAGGGGGCUUGGUCUGCGUGCAGAGAGGAGAUGAAGAGGAUGGAAAAAGGUGGGAGGGCGGUUGACCAUGGGCAGUUGGAGCAGCUCAUUCCCAGAUUGUUGCUUCCAAGGUGCAGUCAGGCAGUCCACCCAUCAGCUCCUUCCCCGGCAGUCAACACGCUGCAUCAGCUUCGGAGCUCUGCCCUCCAACAGCAACGCAACAGCUGAUCUGGACUGCUCCGAUCCUACCCACAUCCAAGCACUCUCUCCACACUUCAGAGAAGACUACGUCAACGCCACGAGCACGGUACAAGGGAUGUUCAGAAGCACCCGCACCAAGAUUCGAGCAGACAAGUGGCGGAGGCUAUCGGAUCGAAACCGAGACGAUCUAGAUGGAUACCACAAGCCGUGAAGGAGCUUGGGCAAACGGACUAUAGGGAAAAGAGGAUCCAGAUGGACUUAGACUACUGCCUGAAUGGCCCGCUUGCGAACAACCCCCUAAAUAAACCACGAACAUCUCCAAACCAAACACAUGUCAACCAGCAGGGCGAGACACUCAAGAAAACAGCGGCCAUCGAUCCCCGUUACUCUGUGAAGACCCCUUCAAGACAGAGCCCCACGAACAAUUGAGUUUAGCCACAGGCUGGACGUUGGGGUCAUUGUUCCAAACUUUCAUGUCACGAUAGCGAGUCGCAGCAUCAUACGCUCUCAAGAUAGGCGUGGACUAGAGACGGGCUGGCGAGGAGAGUGUUCUCGGCGCCAGCAAUACGCGAGGGGAGACACGAAGCGAGCGAACCGUGACCACCCCCCCCCCUCAACCUUUUUGAGUGACCGAGAGAGAAUUCACGGAGCUGGUUUGGGGAGAUUGUGAGAGAGGAAACUGCUGGAUGUGUGGCAUCCCAAUACAAUGCAAUUAAGCUCUACGGAAGAGAUAUCAUGGGAAGGAGAUUUACACUCAAUUGGCCCAAUUGGCUGCGCCCAGGUCAUCAAUGAUGUCUUCAAAACGAUGCAAGGCUUGAGAGCCUCCGCAGCUCCCUCUGUGGACACCACCACGGUAGGAGUUCGGGCAACGAGCACUGCCCAGACGUCGCACUAAGGAGCUCGCGUGGUCACGGGGCAGAUUCCACGUGCGAACUUGAUUCGUAGGUAGACUCGUCCUAGUCAACAAGUCCUUGUACCGUUGUCCACUGGGAGGACGGUGGCACAAACACAGCCCCCUUUGCUCCCCCGCGAGCCAUGGGCGGGCUCUGAGACAGGCAGACAGGGCGGAACUAAUGAGCGAUUAUUGCAAGCGAAGGAUGGCGCUAGGACAGGCGAGACAUGGAGCACCUGACCGAGACAAUCAACCUGCCUCGGCAGCUCGGUAAGGCAGAGACACAGGCACGAUCAGCCUGUUGGAGGGCCUGAGGAUAGUCUAGCUACACGCCAGAUGGGCGGAACAGAGGCCGUCGCUAUUGUGGACAUGUUGCUCGGGCGUUUGUGGCGGUAGAAUGGUCGAGUCAGCGCUACUCGGUACUCAGCAUUGAACAAAACAACAGUAACUAACGGUGGCUGAGCCUCCGGUGCAGGACGUCAUUC